UCCUAUUAUAAUCACAGUGUUUGAGAUUGUCCAUCUAUCGAUUUUCAGGCAAACGAGAGAGCCGAUCAAAGGGAUCAAACGUCGUGUUAUCCCGUAAUUUCGUUUGUUGUAUUACCACAUUGUUGUAUGAAUUUAUGGAUUGUGAAACCUGAGUGCUGAAUUGUGUUUGUAACCAAAAUUGUUGUAAGUUGGAUUUGUGUGAAAACAGUUUAUGUGUUUUUUUUUUAUAUAUAUAUAUAGCUUAAAAUUUUAAGAUUAUGGCUUCAUAUUUAAAAUACAUGAAAUCCCUGUUGAGUAUUUCGAUGACGCUCAACAUCGUCUGAAACGCCAUCACUAUUCCCACAUGCUUUGCAUCGAGAUCUGGUAUUGAGAGCUGUUGGCUUUUGAUCCCAUUUGCCCAUUCCAACAUUAGUUUUCUCAUAUCCCAUAAAUAAUGAUUUUGAAUUAAAUUUAUAUUCAAACUUUAAUUUAUUACUUUAGCAUUUAGCAUUACAUUAUACACAUCUUUUCAAAUCAUUUACUAAAGUUCUUGAAUGUGGUUUUGAAUGUUUCUGAAAUUGUAUCAAAAGCAGCUGCCGCCGCCGUCGAGAGUUUAGUUUAAGCUUCAUUUUGGAGGAAAUUUGCAGAGCUAAGCAAUUUCAUUUCAACAAUAUAUCGUAUCUCAGCUGAUAAUUUGGGUAUGGCGGCUUAUGGUGCGGCGGCUUCUCUCAAGAAUACGAUUCAGCGUAUUCUACAAUCGUCUCGCAUUUCUCUCGUUUCCCACUCUCCACAAAUCUUGCAACCUGCCUACGACGAGAUGGAUCGAUUGCAGAAAGUUCUGCUCAAAUUGGACGAGACCAGCUGCAGCAAGAUCAGGACGAAGGUGAAUGCUGCGGAUGAACGAAUCAAAGAGGCAGUUUGGGAAUUUGAAGAUUUACUCGAAUCCCAUAUCUUACAUCAGAUUCUUCCACAGCUCGAAAGCGAGAGAGACAACUUGUCAUUCUAUGUAGAUCUGCGGAAUCUGCAAUACCAUGUUGAUUGCUUCGUCAUGACGGUGAAGAUGAUGAAGGUGGAGUACACUAAAGAAAAGAAGAAUAUGGCUGAAGAAGAAGGCGAGCCUAUUUCCUCAAGAAUCGAUUUUGGUGGAAUCAAGUCAAAGAUGGUUGGAAGAUCUUAUGCAUUUCAAAACGUCAGAGAUGGUCUUCUUGAAGGUAAAGAUGAUUCUAUUAUUGGGAUGGCGGGAGUUGGAAAGACAACUCUUGCUAAACAUAUUUUUGAAGAUCCAUCAAUUCGGAGCCAUUUUGACUUUCGAGCAUGGGUCAAAGUGGGCAGAAAAUGCGAACCCAAUGAAUUAUUACGCUGCGUUCUAGCUCAAGUGGAUGCCAACGCUUACCGAAUGCUUGCCCAAGGAGACGAUGAUGGUGAGGAAUUAGUUGGUCUAUUGAAAGAAAAAUUGCAGGGUAAGAAAUGUCUCAUCGUGUUGGAUGAUGUUUGGGAGACACAAGCAAUAAGUCGCAUGAUAAAUUGCUUGAAAGAAGGGAAUAUUCGUGGAGGGAUUGGAUACUUGCUUACAAGUAGACAACAAAUAACACUCCCGCAGCUUACGGGCAUAAGACUGAGCUUGUUGAAUGAAGAAGAUAGUAAGAAAUUACUUGGUGAGAAGGUGUUUGGUGAGAAGGUGUUUAGUGAAGACGGUUUCCCUCCUCAACUUGAGGAACUGGGAGAGAAGAUUGCUGAGAAAUGUGAAGGUCUUCCGCUUAUGAUAGUCACAAUUGCAGAGCUCCUAUCAAAAGCCAACAAGACCCCAGAAUAUUGGACUGAGGUAGCCUACAAACAACAAAACUCACUUUUCGAGGAUGCAUAUAAUCAAAUAUCAGAGGUACUUUUCCCAAGCUAUGACUACUUACCCCAACAUUUAAAAAUGUUUUUCCUCUAUAUGGGAGCUUUCCGUCCAUAUAUUGAUCAGUGUCCAUUCGCGAUCAGUUUUCUGUUGAGUGCUGAGGGCUUUCUUGAACUGAAUGUUGAAAAGAGUUUUGAAGGUUUCUUGGAAAAGCUUUCUACGUUGUAUCAUCUUGUUCUCGACACAAAAAGUUCUUGGUAUUUGGAGAGACAGUAUCGCGUGCAUUCUUGUUGGCAGCACUUAUGCAAGGUAGAAGCUAGUAGGAUCAAGUUUCUACAUGUCUUACGAGGUUGUGAUGAUGUUAUAAAAGAUCAGCGCCGCUUGUGUGCCCAUUGGAACAGUCUAUUCUGCUUCAAACAAGUGUAUGAUUUGAUAAAAAGUGAUUGUGCAUCCACUGUCCGUUCUCUCCUUUGUUGUGGUUAUUAUCAUGCAUAUCCAAUCCCAAUACAUGCCAUGGGUUUCAAGUUGCUCAGGGUACUAACUGCUUCUAGAGUUCGAUUUUACCAUAUCCCAACUGAAAUUUUGAAACUUGUUUGUCUGCGGUACCUUGCCCUAACUUGCAACGGGGAGCUCCCUCCUUCCAUAUCCAACCUUUUUCACCUUCAAUUCUUGAUUAUCCAUCCACAUAUGUUUAUUAGAAAGCGUGGAGUUCAGUCUUAUAUGCCUGUGCAAAUUUGGGACAUGCAAGAACUACAACAUAUUCAGAUUUGGGGAAUGGACCUACCGACCCCUAAUACUGAUGAUGCUACGCUGAACAAACUCACCUCACUUCGUGGUGUGAGUGCAAACAGUUGUACAAGGGAAGUUCUCAAAAGAAUUCCUAAUUUAAAGGCAUUAUGGAUUAAAGUGGAGUUGAAGCCUUAUGAUGACGAUGAUGAUGAAAGAAACCCAUUGAGUUGCUUGGGUUAUAUCUCCCAACUCCAGAAUUUGGAGUUACUUGAAUAUUGGGUUAACAAUCCCGAGAUAAAGAAUGAGUGUAAUACGAUUCCUCUUUCAAUGUUUCCAUCAAGUCUCAAGAUGUUACGUUUGCAUGGGUUAGGGGGGUAUCCUUGGAAUUACCUGAAUGACAUUGGUUCGCUGCUGCCAAAUCUCGAGAUUCUCAAAUUAUCUUAUUAUGCAUUUCGAGGCCCAGAGUGGGACAUAACACCGGGGAGUUUUUUGAAACUUAUUGAACUUCAAAUUUUGGACACCAAUUUGGUGCGAUGGAGACCUCAACGUGGAAGCUUCCCGAUGCUUCGUAGACUAAGCAUGCAGCAUUGCUACAAAUUACAACAGCUCGAUUGGCCGUAUGAUCACUCUUGGAUAGAGGUCAUUGAAUUAGUCGAGUGCAAUCCUUUAGCUGUGGCUUGUGUCAAUCAAUUAAAAGACAAGUUUUCCUUUAGACUUCUCGUCAAAUCUUCUUUUUGAGGUCAAGUCACUCUGCAACUUGCCUAACAGGCAAAUGAAAGAGCCGAUCGAAGGAUUUUGUUGAUGAUUAUGAAAACCUGAGUGCUGAAUUGUGGUUGUAACCAAAAUUGUUGUAAGUUGGAUUAGUGUGAAAACAUUAGUCCCUUGUUGAAGGAUUAGUGUGAAAACAUGUUUUACAAGUGAAGGGUACGUCGUCGACGUCGAUUUGCAGUUGAGGCUAGCUUAUGUUGCUUCUGAAUCGAGAGUUGCUUCCCCAGCUGCUGCAGGCAAAUGAGAGAGCCGAUCAAAGGAAUCGGACGUCGCAUUAUCCCAUAAUUUCGUUUGUUGUAUUACCACAUUGUCGUAUGAAUUUAUGGAUUCUGAAACCUGAGUGCUGAAUUGUGUUUGUAACCAAAAUUGUUGUAAGUUGGAUUUGUGUGAAAACAUUAGUACCUUAUUCAGUUCAAGGAUUGUAAUAUUUGUGACUUCUGCAUAGUUUUAACUUUGUUUUCA